AUGACCGCCGUCGACGACGGCGCCGAUCUGGCUGGCUCGCCCGUUGCGCUCCGGAAUGCACGCACGGACCCAGGGCACGCGCCUUCUUCAACCUCAAAACCGCAGUCGCGGAGAACGAGCCGGGCGACACGGAGGCCGCCGCCGAUCAACGUCGCAGACGACCUGUCGCCCGCCCCGCCUCAGCUUAUCGUGUCCCCAGCAGCUGGAGCCGUGGGAACAGAGUCGGAAGAAGAUAACGAGGCAGCCGAUAACGUGGGCGAGUUAACCGCGUCGCCUCAUACGCAGACCUUUUCAGUCGCCAUGGACGACGACGGCGCGAGCCCGGGCUCGAGCUGGAGCAUGGACGCUUCUCGGCGGCCUGUACCAUCGCACCGCCCACCGAGCUGGCAUCGCCAGAGUUUAGAAGUUCCGUCCUUCCUCCCCACCACGCCGUCAUCGCCUGAGCGCCGUUUCGACCCAGCACUCUACUACAAGGGCGGGCACUCGCGCAGCCUCUCACACGACUUUCCUCACCCCGGUGCCCCGCCCCGCCCGAUCUCCCCUGUCUCGCCGGGCUUCGUCGCUGGCGAUAGCGUUAUCCCGUCUGCUGACCCACGCGUGUUCGCCGGCGGCGCCGACUGGUCGUUUGGUGCAGCACCGCCUGACUCGGAAGCGGACACUGGCUCGCCUGUGAAGCGCGGCAAACGACGUGGGCACCAUCACAAACACUCGCUGUCACACAACUUCUUCUCCUUCCUCGAGCCUGGCGCCAACGCACCACCAAACGAGCGGCCACCAUCGGCAGUCGACGAGCCAACACCAGUACCGAUGCCCUAUCACUCGACAACGACGACGAUUCUGUCGCCGCUUCCGCGCGGCAAGCGCAACGGCACGGUCCAGCUGAUGUGGGCCUUUGCCAUCGGCGAGGCGCUCCUCGGCGCUAGCCUCUGGAUCGAGGGCCAGAUGAGCGGCUGGAGAUGUCUCGAGGGUGCGGGAUACCUCGUUGUGUUUGAUGCCCUCGGCAUGGUCGUCAACAUUGUCGCGAGCAACGACGAGGACGGGUGGAGGAGCUUGCGGCGGCCGUUUGGUUGGGACCGCCUUACGUCGCUCCUCUGCUUCGCCCAGUCGCUGUUCCUCAUGUUCGCGGCAGUGUACAUCUCAAAGGAGAGCUUUGAGCAGGUGCUGCUCGGCGCCGACGCUCACGAGGAGGGAGGCGGCGGCGGUGGCGGCCACGGCCAUGGCCACGGGCACGCGCACAUCGAGCACAUUAUCGGCGAGGAGUCGCCGUUCCCCUACCUCUUACUCCUGUUGUCAUUUGUGGCCAGCCUCUUGUCAGGCGCGUUCCUCAACAACCACCGGCGUCUUUCAGAGGCCACCGGGUCGCUCUUCCUCCCCUCAGCAUUCUCGUCGGCCAAGCUGCCCGAGAUCUUUUCCAACCCCUACACCAUCGGCGUGGCGGGCACGACCGCCGCAUUGCUCGUCAGCUCCCUCAUCACUCCUCUCGACUCUCUGCACGGCCUCGACUCGUCCAGCUCUGUCGCCCUCACCGUUCUCAUCGCAGCCCUGGCAUGGCCGCCCACCAAGGCAUUCGCCAACGUGCUGUUGCAGACGGCGCCGCCCACGACGUCUUCGCAGAUGACGGUACUGCGCCGUGCCCUCCGCGACGUCGAGGACGACCGGCGCGUGCUGGGUAUAGGCACGCUGCGCUGCUGGGCACUGUCGACCGACAAGGUUGAGCCUGAUGCGGGCGGCACCAACUCGGCGCCGGCAUCGCGCCGCCCGUCUAUCUCGUCGUCACCCUCCCACUCGAUCUCGUUCCCGGCGCCUCUGACCGAGAAGGACAAGCAGCCGCUCGCUGCACCAGUGUCGCUCGCGUCACGGGCGCCCACGAGCGAGGCGGUACCCAUCAUUGUCACUGUCAAUGUCCACAUCCACCCCGAUGCCACCGACGCGGACGUGCUGGAGAUUACGCGGCUGGUGUCGACCAAGAUCAGCAACGCGGUCGGCCCACGGAUUGGGGGCGAGGUGACUGUCCAGGUGCAGAAGGGGUGGGAGGGUGAGGAUGGGCACUAG